UCAAAUUAAAGAAAUUGUUUUUAUAUAAAGCAACGGCGACUUCUUGGCGGUGCAGGUGGGUCUCCGUCUCAGUGAUCGGGCCGCUGCUAUAAAUAGCUCCUCUGAAACCUAUCUCCACCGAUCGGGAGGGGAAAGAACAAACCUCUGGAGAUGGAAUCCCAGAAGAAGCUGCGGGUAUUCGUCCGAUCCCCUGACCUCGGUCUUCCUUCCCGAUCCCUAACCCUUGCCUCCGAUCUCACCCUCCGCCGCCUCAAGCUCUCCUUCGUCCCCCAAUCCGUCCUCUCCCAAACCCUAAACCUCGAUUCCCUUUACUUCUCUCUCAACGGCAAGCCCCUUAUCGACUCCUCCUCCCUCGCCGAGUCUGGCGUCCCCGGUUCCUCUACCCUCACUCUUCGCCUCCGUCUACGGGGCGGCGGUGGCGAUGGCGGCGCCACCGGUGCGGAGUCCCGCGACUGCUACCUCAACAUGUAUGCCACCAAGAAGCCCGACAAGGUGGAUCCGAACGAGACCCGGCUCUCCAAGUGGACCACCUGCGCCCUAUCCGCUGAGCCUCUCGCUCCCCCAUGCGUGAUCGACCGACUCGGCAACCUCUUCAACAAGGAACCCCUCGUCGAGGCUCUUCUCCACAAGAAGCUUCCCAAGGAGUUCGGCCACAUCCGGGGAUUGAAGGAUAUGAUCCCGAUCCAUCUCUCCCCGAUUCCCGGCGCUGCCGAUUCUGAGACUAAGUUCCAGUGCCCGAUCACCGGUCAAGAGUUCAAUGGGAAAUACGGGUUUUUGGCGAUUCGUGGAUGCGGCCAUGUUUUGAGUAUCAAGGCGUUGAAAGAGGUCAAGUCUUCGGCUUGCCUGGUCUGCCAUAAAGAGUUCUUGGAAGCGGAUAAGAUGGUGGUAAAUGGAAGCGCAGAGGAAGUCGCAGUGCUGAGGGAGAGGAUGGAGGAGGAGAGGGGGCGGCUGAAGGAGAGAAAGGAAAAGAAGGUGGGUGCAUGCUUGAGUGGUACGAAGCAUGCCAUUGACGGUAUUUUGGAGAAUGGGAAGAAGGAUGGGGGUGGCAAAAGAUUCAAGGCAGUGGAUAUGAUGCCAGCUCAUGCUACAAAGGAAGUAUAUGCAUCUAUCUUCACGUCAUCGAAGAAAUCUGAUUUCAAGGAGACUUUUACUUGCAGGUCACUCCCGCUUGGGAGGAACUGACAAGGAAGCAUGUGAUGAUGGUAGCCUUUUGUUUGAUUAUACUGUUUCGUUCUGUUUUAACUGGCUUCUUAGUCAUUCUGUAUGGUGUUUGAUACAUUGUUUUACAUAAGAAGGUGUUAUGAAGAACAUUUGUAGAUUGCCUUCUCAAGUUUGUCCUCCUUUGUGUUCUGAACAUGGAGGUACUACUAAUUUGCUGUAUAAAUAUUGUUUUAGUGCAUUUAACUAUUAUGCUGCUUUCUUC